UCGCACUGUUCAUUCGUUCUUCACAGUAACAACUCCGAUUUUUAUUCAUUAUUUUUCUAUAGAAAUUAGUGCUUUAAAAGGAAUUAAAUAUGCCAUCAGUUCGGAGAAUGAUUCUUGGUCAUGUGAUGGCAGGAGUGUGUGGAAAAAUGAAUAGGAGAAAACAUUUACAGGGUGACAUUAUGGAGACCCCUUUAAAAAGAUGUCUUUCCACCUUUGACAUUACGUUGCUAGGAGUGGGCCACAUGAUCGGUGCUGGAAUUUAUGUUUUAACUGGAACUGUCGCACACGAUACAGCAGGACCAGGAGUUGUUCUUAGUUUCCUAAUUGCUGGAUUUGCUUCCUUAUUAGCAGCUCUCUGUUAUGCAGAAUUUGGUGCUAGAGUCCCAAAAGCCGGAAGCGCUUACGUCUACACAUACGUUACAAUCGGAGAAUUCUGGGCAUUUGUUAUUGGAUGGAAUAUUAUUUUAGAGCACAUGAUCGGUGCUGCUUCAGUAGCAAGAGCUUGGAGUGGUUAUGUAGAUUCAUUAUCAGGAGGAGCCAUCAGUAACCUAACUAAUCGUAUUAUGAGUGGUCACACCAUGGGAGAACCCUUGGGUCAUGUUCCGGACCCUCUAGCUGCUCUUUUGUGCAUUUCUUAUGCAUUCCUGCUCGGCCUAGGUGUAAAGACAUCUGCCAAAGUCAAUUCUUUUUUGACACUUGUCAAUCUUGGUGUCAUGGGUUUAGUAGUAGGCCUAGGUAUAUAUUACGCGGACCUAUCUAAUUGGAGUUCCGAGGAUAAUGGAUUUUUGCCUUUUGGCUUCCGAGGAGUUCUUGCCGGUGCUGCUACAUGUUUUUAUGCAUUUGUUGGCUUUGAUUCUAUUGCUACUUCCAGUGAAGAGGCUCGGGAUCCAACUCGAAGUAUACCAAUCGCAACUGCCCUUUCCAUGGGGAUUGUAACAAUUGGUUAUGUCUUGGUGAGUGCGUCUUUGACACUGACAGUUCCAUAUUGGCGAAUCAAUCCAACUGCGGCCUUACCGGAGGCUUUUGCUUCAAAGGGUAUAUAUUGGGCGAAAUAUGUUAUCAGUGUCGGAGCCCUUUGCGGAAUGACAACGACUCUCUUUGGAUCACUUUUUUCUCUCCCUCGCACAUUAUACGCAAUGGCGACUGAUGGACUCCUCUUUGGAUUUUUGGGUCGUAUAAAUGCACGGACCCAAGUUCCGAUUGUAAAUUUGACAAUAAGUGGUCUUCUUAGUGCCCUGCUGGCUUUACUAUUCGACCUUCAACAUCUUGUAGAAUUCAUGUCAAUUGGUACUUUCCUGGCUUACACGAUUGUAUCUGCCAGUAUCAUAGUACUCAGGUAUCGACCAGAAAAAGUCUUAUCACCAAUGUCGACAGCUAGUACUUCUAGCAACCUUACAUCACCACCGACAGAAGGCGCUGAUUCCAGUAGUGAUGGUCAUAGUCUAGCUUCUGCUGAAUCACAGCACUUAAUAAAUUAUCGUGAAGACACUGGGAAGCUCAAACUUCGUUAUGCAUGGUUGGCGACUUUUGUGGGAAAAUAUAAUCCAGGAGUCGUGGUUGUAGCAUCGAUAUCCAUUUACUCAAUAGGGUGUAUUGCCCUAUGCGCAGAACUUAUUCUCUUAGUACAAAGCUCCUCAUCACCAGCUUGGUGGAAUUACAUAGUAAUCAUAAUAUUAUUCCUCAUACUUUGUGGAAGUUUAUUUAUAAUCCACGCACACAAACAGAAUCCUAGAACAGGAAGUUUUCGUGUGCCAAUGGUUCCCCUUGUACCAGCACUGAGUAUUCUUUUUAAUAUUGGACUCAUGUUCCAUCUAUCACUUUUGACGUGGUUAAGAUUUCUGAUUUGGAUGCUUGUAGGAAUGUUUAUUUACUUUUUCUACGGAAUCCACUACAGUAAAGAGGCUGCUGGUCCAAAUACUUACUCUAUCUUGAUGGCAAGUUCAGAAGCAGGUCGGGGUGCUAAAUGGGGUUCCACAUUAAGAGUCAGCCAAAAAGGUGACAAGAAGCCUAUUCUUGAAAGCGAUGACUUAUCGCACUAAAUUAUUUCCAAUGAACACAUCAACCUUAAAAGAAAGCUGAUCUCACGAAUAAUUUUUCUAGAAUAUGAAGGUUCAAAAUUUCCUUCGACGAUAGUCUUUUAAAAAGACUAUUAAUUCGACAAAAAGGAAAAAUAAUAGUAAA